UCGUCACCUCCGGCGGUGAUCCGUGCGGCUGGAAGGGGGUCACCUGCUCCGAUGGCCUUAUUCACACACUAGAACUGGAGAACAUGAACCUGUCCGGCAGACUGUCGCCGGCCAUCGGGAAACUGCUGCAGUUGCGGAAUUUGUUCUUGGACCAUAAUUCUAUUUCAGGCCCUAUUCCUGACACCAUAGGAGGGCUGCCGCUGCUACAAAGGCUUGACCUUUCAGGCAAUCAGUUCAACGGCACCAUACCCCGCACACUGGGUGAUCUCAGGGACCUCUAUUUUGUGAAACUGAGCCACAACAAUUUAUCUGGAUUCAUCCCUGAUUCACUAAUCGCUUCUGACAACCUCUUCAUCCUGGAUCUGUCAUCCAACAACCUGAGCGGCACGGUGCAGGAAUUUGGAAUAAAGAAUGUACUCCUCGAGGGAAAUCCGUUGCUGCGCUAUCCCAGUUGCGGAACAAGAUGCGACUCCAUACGUGCGCAGGAAGAGGUCACAGUCCCUGUGCAAAACCCGCAAACUCACUCACAAAGAUAUGCAACAAGCACCAAGACGGUGCUACUGUGGAUGUCAACUGCUUUUGUGGUAGUUGUCUUCUUGGCCGUUGUCACCGCGGCUACCCGGCAGUGGCGUAGGCGUCACCAGAUCUUUGCUGAUAUAGAUGACAAAAAGGAAUCCGAAGUAUGCCUUGGUCAUGUGAAGAGGUACACGCUCAAAGAUAUAAAAGAGGCUACCAACAACUUCAACCCAAAUAACAUCUUGGGGCAGGGAGGAUUUGGGAUAGUAUACAAGGGUAUCUUGCAUGAUGGCACCAUUGGUGCUGUGAAAAGGUUGAAGGACUUUGUUUCUGCUGGUGAAAAUCAAUUCCACACAGAAGUUGAAGUCAUAAGCUUGGUUGUUCACCGCAAUCUCCUCAAUCUAAUUGGGUUCUGCUCUGAAGAUAAUGAGAGGAUCCUUGUGUACCCUUACAUGCUAAAUGGAACUGUUUCUUCUAAAUUACAAGCAUAUGUUAGUGGAAGACCUGCCUUAGACUGGCCAAGGAGAAAGAAGAUUGCGCUGGGCGCUGCACGAGGGCUCGCCUAUUUGCAUGAGCACUGUGAUCCAAAAAUAAUCCAUCGUGACAUAAAAGCUUCCAAUAUUCUUCUUGAUGAAUUUCUUGAAGCAAUAGUCGCUGAUUUUGGGUUGGCAAAGCUCUUGGGUGAAGGGGAGAGCCGUGUUUACAGCGUGAUCCGCGGGACAUUUGGGCGUAUUGCUCCGGAGUAUCUGAUGAAAGGAGAAUCAUCAGAGAAGACUGAUGUUUUCGCAUAUGGACUCCUAUUGAUCGAGCUAAUCACUGGUCGAAAAACAUUGGAAGUCCACGACGAGGAGCAUCCGAAUGGAGGAGUUGCUGACUGGGCAAGGAAGCUUCUUGAAGAGGAUCAGCUAAGCUCGUUCGUGGACAAGAGGCUACGGAACAACUACAACAAUGCCGAGCUGAAGGAGAUGGUUCAGAUAGCCCUGCUCUGCACAAUGUUCAGCCCAACUCAUCGCCCAAGGAUGUCUGAAAUCAUUAGGAUGCUGGAAGGAUAUGGAUCCGUUGCAGAGAUAUGGGAGGGCUUGAAGAAUGUCCCGGUACCGAUACCGAUGCCUGGAACCCGGAACUUUGCGCCGUCUCCUGCAAAUUAUAGUGGAGAAGAUGAGUAUAGCUCAGUGGAGUUGGAAGCAGUUGAGCUCUCAGGGCCAAGGUGA